ACCCCUUUACAGUUUUUAUUGAUUGCUUUGACCUGUUUGAAGAAACUGGGAACCUCUCAGUCUUCAUCAUCACCAUCUCAGCAGAGCAGAAGACACCUCUUGUAAAUGUGUUAACCCAUUCUCAUUGGAUUAACACAGUUUUCACACCCUUUUGCAAAACAGUUAACGCAGAUGUCAUUCAAGAAGUCCAAACUUCAGGAGUUUAACUUUGGUUACAGAACAGAAACCAUAAGCUCCAAACUCUUAGACACUCCCUGAUCAUUAUUACAUCACUGAAAGCACCUGGUUGACACUUCUUCACAGAAUAUUUAAAUUUGCAAUCAGUCUGCAGGCCUGUGUUGUUCUUUGCAAGCAUGGAUCGAGGAGGUCUAAUGCAGAUGAGAGGAAGAGUGAGAGUAAGAGGUAGAGGGGUCAGAGGAAGAGGAGUCCGUGUGCGAGGUAGAGGUAUAGCUGGAAGGGCUCAAGUUACCGAUGAAAUUCGGGCAACUGUGAUUGAUCAUGUUGUAAACCAUGGCCUUUCAUUGAGAGAAGCUGGACAGAGAGUCCAACCUGUUCUCAACAGAAACACUGUUGCAUCCAUUGUUAGACUUUUUCAACAGGAGAACAGGUAAUGUUGCUAUACAGUAUAUACAGAAAUACAGUAUCUGCAGUGAUAUACAUUACUUCGUGUAAUUUUGUCCACAUUUCAUGUAUUCUUUAUAGAAUCGAAAGACUACCAGUCGGUGGUGGUAGAGGGAGAAUUUUUAAUGCUGAACAGGAGGCAGCCGUUGUCAACAUGGUUCUGGCAAAUAAUGCCAUUAGGCUGCGUGAAAUCAAGGCAGCAGUGAUUGCUGAUCAGGGAGUAUUUAGGAACAUCCAUACUGUGAGUGAGGCCACAAUUGACCGCGUCCUCCGAAGGAAUCAUAUGGCCAUGAAACAGCUCUAUAGAGUUCCUUUUCAGAGGAACUCUGAAGCUGUGAAGGAGGCCAGAUGCCAAUAUGUGGAGCGAAUAAUGGAGCUUGAAGCUGAGGGGGCACAUCAUAUCUUCAUUUAUGUCGACGAAGCCGGCUUCAAUCUUUGUAAAGUAAGGAGACGAGGAAGGAACCUCAUUGGGAAUAGGGCCACUAUUACUGUUCCAGGGCAGAGGGGUGCCAAUAUAACUAUGUGUGCUGCCAUCUCCAAUGAUGGCGUCCUGUGCCAUAUUCCUACCAUUGGCCCAUACAACACUGAGCGUCUCAUAGCAUUCCUGAAUGCCCUUUAUGACAUCCUGAUCCCACCUCAGGAGCGAGGCCUGUUGAGGCCUGGCAUGCCACGGUUCGUGAUUAUCUGGGACAAUGUGGCGUUCCACCACUCUCGUAUUGUGAAUGAGUGGUUUGCAGUGCACUGUCGGAUGAUGGUACAAUUUCUUCCUCCAUACUCUCCGUUUUUAAAUCCCAUAGAGGAAUUCUUUAGUGCAUGGAGAUGGAAGGUAUAUAAUCACCGACCCUAUGAACAGAUGCCCUUGCUCAAUGCAAUGACUGCUGCUGCCCAAGAUAUAGAUGCAGAGGCAUGUCAAGGAUGGAUCAGGCAUGCUAGACGAUUUUUCCCUCGGUGCAUUGCACGAGAGAAUAUUGAAUGCGAUGUGGAUGAGGCCUUGUGGCCCAGGCUUCAAGAAAGAGGAGACUAGAAGAGACAGAAGAGUAUCACUUGUGGCUAUCGCUUAUACUCUUAUAGUAUAGACCUACUAUAGUUUUUCGUUGUUUACUGUAAAAUUCUGUGUUUUUUCAUAAUUUCUUACACAGUAAUGGAUUUUAUUUUUAUUUCCAUGUAUUUUCAGUUGGAAUAUUUCAUUUGUCAGCCACAGUCUAAAAAAAUUAAGCAUUUAAUUAAUAAAAUUUGCAUCAAAGCAUAUCUGAUUCUGGAUGCAUUUUUUUUGCUAGAGGGUAAAUUUGACUACAUACAGUCACAUAUAGACUACAAUGACAAGCAAUGGUCACUGAUUCACACAUGAGUGCUGUAUUUUGUAUUUUGUUGCCCAAUGUGUAAUGAUUGAUUGGAGGUGUUCAUACACUUGUGUCAAAUGUGAGUUGUUUGAAGGCUAAAUUUGCUUUUGUUGCAUAUUUUAAAGGUUUUGACACUGGUUUGGCCUUUUGCAAACAAAAUGUAUAAUUUUGAACACUGUGUCACUGUUUAGGUCUCAGUGUUAACUGUUUCGAAAAAUGUGAAUUUGAGUCGACGGCAGCGUCAAAACAACCAAUAAAAACUGUAACUAAAUCACAGUGC